AUGAGGCCAGGGAAAACUCGUCUUGGGGAGGCAAACCCUGGGUUCACCAUGAGGAAGGGAACGAAUCCCGGGUGGGCACUGUGCGGCAGCAGAGCCCAUCUCGGUCACCAGGACCCCGAGGGGCGACUACAUCAAAGCAAGGAAAAUGUGAAGAGCUCCAUGCCAUGAGAAAGGAAAAACGAAGCAGUUGAUUCGGGAGCAGAGAGGAGCACAGAAGAAUUACCUCAGCAGAAACAAGAGUAAACAAAACGAUACAAAGAUGCAAAAAAGUAGUGCGAGGGAAUCAAUCGGGGAACCGAGUCGGGAUCAUUUCAUCGACCAGGCAAUAAAAAAUUCACCGCAAACAUCUAGAGGGAAUUUGGAAGAACUAGGGCCUUCCGUGCGAUCAACUCAGGCUUCCGAGGAGCCUCAGACGAUGUCUCCCCCCUCUUCAUGCCAACUGAUGGCCAGUGUUUGUACACCGCGCCCCGGUUAUCGAGUCAACCCGGUGGGAGAUUCGAGCUCACUAUAGUCCCACAUCGGAAAUAUGUCAAAUCCCAUCCCAGCUGAGGCUAGAAAUAAAGUACCCUGCCCUCAUUUCCAACAUACUUACCUGGACGGGGUCAAUGGGUGAUCAAGAAGGCUCAUGGCCUAGGUUGGCGACCCACAUUGCACUGA